AUGCGCGAUACGGCCUUGUGCGCGCAGAACCGUCUUGUCGUCGUCGUCCCCGUCCAGGUCUCGUCAGCGGGCAGCAACAGCAGCACGAGCCCUCACCUCCGGUACAUCCCCCAUUCCUUCCCCACAACUUCCUCCACGAUCCUCAUCCCCCCAUGCAGACAGACCUCCGCGCGUGCCCAUGUGGCCUUCGCGCCCACCUUGCUAAGCGUGUCUGGCCGCACGCGACCUGCGGCUUCCGCCACCCGCCGUUCCUCGUCCCCGACAACUACUUCCGUUCCCCCGAACUUCUACCCCCUCUACCGCGAGCUCGCGCACCUCACCCACGAGUUCACCCACUUCGGCUAUCGCGACCCGGUCGUGGACGGGCUCGCACUCAUGGUGGACCCAUACGAGUUGGACACAAGGUUGGAGAGCCCUCCAUUCUUGGUCGCGGAGCAUGCCCUCGUCUUCGACUCACGCGAGCACCGCUGCGUGUCCCCUGCACAGUCCCCCCCGCUUUGGAAGUCGAGCAACACGCAAGAAUAA